CAUGGGAUUUAGUGUUUUCCAAGGAUUCAAAUGUAAUCAAACUCACUACAGUCCCCAACCAGGCUACAGUUGCCAAGUUUACUUCUAGUGAUGUGCUGAUUGUUACGAGCUAUUCCGAGUUUUGAAACAAAACCUUACAAAAACUGUUAAACCAUAACUUAAAGGGUAAAAAGCAGAAGCUGAACUGAGAAGUGCUGCUCUGAGAAAGUAGUGGUGACCCAGUCAAGUUCCUGUGGAGCUCCCAUCUAGCAACUUAUAGACGAAUCCACCUAGAUCAAAUACUGAAUUCAUGUCAAUCAGCUCCUGAGAAACCCUGUUGUAAAUUUUAAAAGCAGUCUAGUAAUGAUAGAACGUAAAAAUGCCAACUUAGCAAGCAGAAAGCAGCAAAGAUGCUCAGACCAUAACGGCUAGCUGGAUCAAAAUCAAGAAACUUGAGCUACUCAUCGAUUCUUCAGCAGAAACUUUGCAUUCUUGCAAUUACACAACUCAAGUAACACCUUUGGUGAUGCAUCAGCACUCAGGUUGACAAACACAUUUCUGUGGUUGAAUAUUUUCUGACAUCAGCAUCUUUGUAGCGUUGCUUGUCUCCAGUAUAAGAAAAACAACACAUUGCCUCAAUCCUGUUUUUGGAACGAAGCAAUUCGUUCGAUUUCUGCACAAAUUCAUGCAAUCAGUUUUUAAACAAACCCUUGACUUUUGCACAGCAAUGGUCAAGAGUAUUUGAAGUGAACUUUUAAGCAGCUUCAGAAAAGAACAAAACAUUGAGAUCAGUAUCAACAGGAAGUGGAAUUAGUGUGAAACAUAUUUUUAAAACUACUUUGAAUUUCUUUUUACACCCAUCCUGCUUCAGCUCGAACAGUUCUAGUUUCUUCUUGAACGUCCUCGACUCUUGGUUUCACGUCUUCUGUGACAAUUUUGUUCCUCUUGAGGUUUUAGAUUUCCUAUUGCUUUACAUAUUUACACCCAUUGCGAGUAUCAGUCGCUGCAUCACUCUGUAGCAGGCGCUGCAGCAAACACAGCUCACCGCGACUGGAUCAGCCUCAUCCCAACCCAGAUCAUUCAGUUUUACUCUAGUUCUUGGAAAUUCCAAGUAAUCUCUUCCUUCCAAGAUGGCCUGCCUUCCUCCCAACAACUCUGUUAUACCAAGCCAAACAUGUGUCGCACAAAACCUGACCUCAAUGCACAUUUUUACCUCCUCUCUCAUUGGAAUCGUGUCUGUCAUCGGCAUCAUAGAAAACCUCCUCAUCCUGGCAGUAGUGGGCUUCCGUGUCAGUCGCUCCAUCAUCAGCAUCUGGAUACUGAACCUGGCAGCGUCGGACCUCCUGGCCACAUUUACCUUGCCCUUCUUCAGUCUCUACCAUGCCUGCGGAGCGUCCUGGAUCCUGGGUUCGACGUUCUGCCGCAUCUAUUCCUCCGUCUUUUUCCUCAACAUGUUUGUCAGCGCCUUCCUGCUGGCCGCCAUUUCUCUGGACCGCUGCCUGGUGGUGGUGCGACCCGUUUGGGCUCAAAACUACCGAAGCACACAGCUAGUGGGGAAGAUUUGUUGCGUGAUUUGGGCCUUAGCUGUACUCUUCACUAUCCCUUUCUUUAUGUUCCGUGACACCAUCACCUUUGGAAAAGGCAAGUGUCUGUGCUACUACAGUUACUCCCAGUAUCUCCCAAGCGAACCCUUUGACCUUAAAGCUCUAUGUAGGCAGCGCAAAGUGGGUUUGGCUUUUAUGAAGCUGUUUUUUGCCUUCCUGAUUCCUCUCACAAUCAUCAUUCUCAGCUAUGUCGUUGUGAAUUCCAGCUUAGCACAAAGAGGUUGUCGCAGAUCUUUCCGAUUUGUUCGACUUGUGAUAGCUGUGGUGGUGACCUUUGUCCUCUGCUGGGCUCCGUACCACCUUUUCAUUGUUAUAGAAGUGAUGGCUCCCAAAGACAGUUCUGCGAAGAAAGUAGCAACCAACGCCCUUGCGAUCUCAGCAACGAUUGGCUUCCUCAAUAGUGUCCUCAACCCCAUCCUAUACGUCUUCAGCUGCCCUGACUUGUGUCGUAAAAUCAAACAUUCCCUCGGAGCGGUCAUGGAGAGCGUCCUUGCCGAGGAUCUGGCCGAGUUGGCACGGCGUCGCAGCACCGUUCGCAGCUCCAUCAGCAACUCUGAAUAUUCCAUGAAGAAGAAAUACUCAGUUUCUGCGUUAAAUCCGAAAGGCCAGGCAGAAAAUGUCAGCACCUCAGAUGAGAUCUGAAAUGUGAAUUUUUAAAGAUGAAAAGAAGAAACCACUCAGUUUUUUUUCAGUUUCAGAUCUUAAGUUUCAUUUUUUCUCUCUUUUGAACGAAAUUAUGGCACCAAUUUAGUUCCAUAGAGUUGAUCUCGAACAUUUUUUUUCUCUGACUCUGUGGAAACCAUUUCAGAAACAUUGGAUAACUAUUGAUGAAGACAUUUUAAAAAACUUAACAAAGCCUGCCCAUAUUUAGUGAUGGUUUAAAACAUUUUAAUCAUUAUAGAUGUGUGGCGUUCCUUACUUUUGUACUUUUUACUGUUCAAAGGAA